AUGUAUCAUUCACAGAGAACUCUCAGGCUCAAUUCGAAGAUGGCGCCUGGACCGAGUCCCUUGUCUGCCUCAUUCUCGGACUCGGAAGGUGACCACCCGCAGCGUCAGGAACGUGAAGAUCUUUCUUCAGAGCUCAUAAAAAGUCUCAAGCAAGCUUGUCGGAAUCUCGAGAGACGUAUGAUUGAGGAAGAAGAGAAGAGAAUGUGGGCAGCGGUUACAGCAGGAAAGUCGAUUAAGGCGACGAAGCGAUGGAAAGGAAGAAGUCCUGCAGGAAGCGGGAGCUCAGAGAAUCGAAGGAAAAAUUGA